AGUGGGGGAAGAUCCAGAGAAGAGCGCGCACCCCUCUCUCUCUGUCUCUGUCUCUCUCUGCCUCGUUCGUUUGUUCUCUCUCUCACACACACAGUCUCGUCCGCUCAGCAAUGUGGGGACCGUGGGCCAGCGCGACGUUCCUGUGCCUGGUGGCCGUUGCCGUUGCCGCUGCCCAGUGCCCGGAGCCGUCGGCACUGCGGGAGCCGGGCGGCCAGCGGGUGUGCGCCCGCUUCUACGAGGACAGCGACGUGCUGUACGAGCGGUGUUGCGGAGGGGGCUUUGUGGACGUCCACAGCCCGGCCGACGUGCCCUCCAUCGAACGCUUCUGGAACGACCGCGUGUCCGGGCUGGUGGUGGGGCCGCGCUGCUCGCUCACCGUGUGGAACAAGCGCAACAAGCGGGGACACAAGCGGAAGUUCCGCAGCGGGGUCCAGCCCCGGCUGGAGGAGCUGGCCAAGGGGCUCUUCGGCAACUGGGACAACUCCAUCACCUCUUACUACUGCGAGUGCUCCUGA